AUGGCUCAGAAUGGGCUCGGCCGGGUCUUUCUUUGCCGCAGCUGUGGCCGUGAAGCAUUGAGACCGCUACCGCUGGUAAGGUCUUUUUCAAGCACACCACAACAUUCGAAAACAAUACCAAGAUUUUCUGCCUCCUCAACCCCAGAACUCGACGACCUGUUUAUGACCUUCCGCACUAAAAUCUUCACCCCAGGCGCCCUUUCAAAGCCCCAUCGCGACCUCAUCUAUCGGCCUACCCGGCAUAAGCUGCUUCUCAAUGACCCUGGCGUCACUGUCACCAUGUCUGACGAGGAGGAAUUGAGACUCCUGCCAAUGAAUAUACGUGAGCGACCCAACAAAAAAAAAUCAUUACAGCGUCUAGUAGAAUUGCUGCAGGAUGAGAGGGACUGGCAGAAUCUGCCUGCCUUUCUGGAAGGGAUGCUAUUGGCGGACGAAAAGUUGCCCGACGGUUACAUGGAGAGAUUCGUCAGGAAAGCUAAUGAGCAAGGAAGGACAGGGCUCAUUAUUCGAUGUGCAGAGAUGGUGAGGAAGACUGGUGUGACCCUGGCAGAUCCAGCAGUCACGACGGAGUUGAUGCUGGGAUUACAUAUCAGAGCGGCAAAGGCAGGGUUCAAGGGCGAAGAUAUGGACAAAGCUGUCCGCCAGGCGCAGGAGGUCUUAUUGCUGCUCGGGAAGCCAGAGCACUGCGGUGGCAGAGUGUGGCGGAUAGGCCAGAAAGACAUGAGGAAAGAUUUAACGGUUCUAGCAAUCAUGCUAGAGCUCCAAGCUGCGCAAGCAGAUCGUCCAACCACAAACAUUGCUUUCAGCCGGCUAGAUACCACAGCAUCAAAGAUUCUAGCGCUCUUUCCCAAAGAAGAUCUUACCAUCAACGAAGACCCCAGCCAAGCUCGAAUACAGCUUGAAAGGUUGUUACCGCUGUGGGCGGGGAUGAAGCUCGCGUUGAAGAAGAACAGGUUGCAAGCUCCAACGCUGCGGGCGCAAAUGAGGAAGGACCUUGACGCGCUCACAAAGUUUGUCGAGGAGGCUAGGGAGAAAGUGAAUGCUGCCUCUCAGGGGAGGCCAAGGAGGUGUCUGCACAUGUACGAUGAUUUAAAGGAUUUGUAG